CACGAUUAAUUUCUUCCCAUAAUGCCUCGCGUUAGUGCUCGCUGGCGCUGUCUGUGGUGCUGAAGCUGCUUUCGCCGGCGGCAAGAAACCUUGCUCCAGCAUCACCUCUGUGCAAAUGCGUGCUGGUCACCGAGAGACAACCCCGAUCACCUAUUUGUUAAUGUUGUUAGUCUCUGUUAACGCGUUUUAAUAAUCGGGAAUCUUAAGUGUUGAAUUUAGAUCCCCUAGUAUCCGUUCGCGCUUGUGUUUUUCGGCUCCCGUUUGGCUCGCAUCCUUUAUGCACAGCACGCUGCUCCAGCCCUUAAAGAGAACACAGGCAUCCGUGUUGGAACAGCAUGGCUUCCUGAGUGAGAUGGAAGCGAAGCAGCACUCGAUCAAGAGCUUAAAAAGCUAUCCGGAGGCUGGGGGCCGGAGUCUGGCGGCGGCAGCGGGUGGGGACGUCGGCGGCGGAGGUGGAGGGUAUCGCGUCGGCGGCGUGGAGAUGGAGAUGGAGGCGAAAAUACAGAAAGCGAUCGACUUCAAACUGGAGGGUCACCGGUGCUACAAGGAGAAAAAAAUCCGUGAAGCAAUUGGGAAAUAUCACAGGGCGCUGCUGCAGUUGAAAGGGAUCCAUGUCGUCGAUGGGACCACCGGAUCCGAGGUGAACCUCCUGAACCAAGCCGCGGCCAAGCUGACAGAAGAGCAGCAGCGAGCGGUGGAGAGCACCGAGAUCGAAUGCUACGACAGCCUGACAGCGUGCUUGCUGCAGUCGGAGCUGGUGAAUUAUGAGCGGGUUAAGGAAUACUGUUUGAAGGUACUUGGACACCAGCAGGAUCACUUUAAGGCCAUGUACCGAGCUGGGAUUGCCUUCUACCACCUGGGAGACUACGAGUGUGCCCUGCGUUACCUACGCGAUGCCAAGUGCCGUGAACCCACAGACACAAACGUGCUGCGAUACAUCCAGCUGACGGAGAUGAAGAUGAGUAAGACCGGUCACCAGGUGCGCGAGAGUGGGAAAGAGUCAUUGGGUUAAUUUGGCCCGACCCCCCCCCUCCAUGCCACACCCUAAGCCUGAUAGAAAACCUCUCUACUCUAGUCUUUCCCCUUUUUCUCACAAUUUAUCCCUUGGACAACCAGGAUACAUGCGCUGUGCCCCUCUCUGAAAGCGGACUCAAACUGGCACAGCUACAGCACAGCUCCCCGUAACUGUCUUUUCUCGCUCUGAGAUCUCUCUGUCCCUUUAAAUCCAACGACCCCGGUGCUUUUCAUUUCCCAGGUAUUGAGAAUUUGACUGAUGAACAAAGAAGACGAAGACGAAAAAAGAAGAAAUGCUGUCUUGUAAUGAAAUAAGCAAUGGGGGUCUGACUGAAUUUAAAAUCACAUGAUGGAUAUUAAAGCG